AUGGCCGACAUAUCAUUCGACUACUUUGACCAUCCCCAGAACAAACAGCAUCUUGUUCCUACAUCCUUCUACGACCCUGCAGACUUCAGUGGUGACUCGGCCCAUUCUCCCGACUCACCACUCUCGCCCGUCUUCAACAACCCUUAUCAGCUCCCCGUCUCCAACGACUGGGUCAACUGGGACGACAAGGCUACGCUAUCACCUGACCUCGACGCCCUCCCCAAGCAAGAGCCCUUUGAAGGCAUCAACCUCUCCACCAUCCCAUCACGGAACAGCAUGGAGCUCAGCCCCGCCAUCAACCCACACGACCUCUCCGGCACCAUCUCCGAUGCUGUCCCCUUCGGUAGAGUAGGCCUGAAUGACAUCGACACUCAGCCUCUCUUCCAGACUCCCAUCCCUUCCAUCUCUUCUCAACCUCCUCAUCUUCAGUCCAACAUGAUGCACUCUACCUCCAACCCAUCUCAGAUGUCUUCCUCCCUCGACAGCAUCAGCUCCAAGGAUGCCAACGGUCGAUAUCCCUCCCGCAAGCGCAAGUCCUCCGGUUCCGGAAGCUCUUCCUCCCGCUCUUCUACCUCUCCUCCUCCCGCGACGCGUCGCCACUGCUCUCCUCCCAAGAAGACAGCCCACAACAUGAUCGAGAAGCGAUACCGCACCAACCUGAACGACAAGAUCGCCGCCCUUCGCGACUCCGUCCCCGCUCUACGCGUCAUGGUCCACCGUCUCGAGCAGCCCUGCGCUGAGACCAUGGAAGAGGACGCCGACGAGGAUCUCGGCGGUCUUGCACCAGCGCACAAGCUCAACAAGGCCACCAUCCUCAGCAAAGCGACCGAGUACAUUGCGCACCUCGAGAAGAAGAAUAAGAGCCUCGCCCGGGAGAACAGCCAGCUACGGAAUCGUGUUGAGGGCUUCGAGAUGAUGGUCAUGUCGCGAGAUCAGGGACCCCCAGCAGGAGUCUGGGCAUAG